CAUCUUUUAUUGUUUUUCUCUUUCUUCCCUUUUACCAAAUGGCAAAGUUUCAUGGAACCCCACAACCACCACCACCCCCCUCCAUUCUACUACUCACAACGAGCUCACGAAGCUCUCCUCCGGGCCGGCCCCCGCCUCAAGCCCCUCCAACAGGUCCACGCCCACCUCCUCAUCACCGGCUCCCACAGCAACCUCUCUCUCAUCACCAAGCUCACCCUCUUAUCCUGCGCUGCCGCCUCCAUCGCCUACACCCGCCGCCUCUUCCUCUCCAUUUCGAACCCCGACCAAUUCCUCUUCAGCUCCCUCAUCACUUCCUUCUCCAAAAACCGCUUCCCAAACGACGCCGUACUCCUCUACCGCCGCAUGCUCGUUACCAUCCCCUCUCUACGCCCUUCAAGCUACGUUUUCACGGCCGUGAUCAAAUCUUGCGGCGAGUUAUCGGCUCUGAGAGUCGGCAGAGUUGUUCAUUGUCACGCUUUGGUUCGUGGGUACUGGUUGGAUUCGUAUGUUGAGGCUGCUCUUGUUGCUUUCUAUGCGAAAUGUGGUGAUUUGGUUUGUGCGCGGAAGGCGUUCGAUGAAAUGCCGGAGAGAACCGUUGUCGCGUGGAACUCGAUGGUUUCUGGGUACGAGCAAAAUGGGUUUUCUGAAAAGGCAAUUGUAUUGUUUCACCAGAUGCGGGAUUCGGGUGUUGGGUUCGAUUUGGCUACGUUGGUGAGUGUCUUGUCUGCUUGUUCUCAGGUGGGAGCUCUUGAACUGGGUUGUUGGGUGCAUGAUCGGAUUAGAGAUAAUGGUUACGAUAUGAAUGUGGUUAUUGGUACUUCUUUGAUUAACAUGUAUGCUAGGUGUGGAAAUGUAAGUAGAGCGCGGGAAGUUUUCGAUUUAAUUAAUGAUCGGAACGUUGUCUCAUGGACAGCUAUGAUUUCAGGGUAUGGUAUGAAUGGAUAUGGUAGAGAAGCUGUGGAGCUCUUUGAUACAAUGAGAGCCCGUGGGCCACCCCCCAAUGAUGUAACUUUUGUUGCGGUGUUAUCAGCUUGUGCGCACGCGGGGCUAGUUCAAGAGGGCAGAAAGGCAUUUGCUAGUAUGAGCGAGGAUUUUGGGUUAGUUCCGGGAAUGGAGCACCAUGUUUGCAUGGUCGAUAUGCUUGGGCGUGCUGGACUUCUCAGCGAAGCAUUCGAAUAUAUCAAGCGAUUGGAUCUUGUCAAGCCAGCACCGGCAGUGUGGACUGCAAUGCUUGGGGCCUGCAAGAUGCAUAGAAAUUUUGAAUUUGGAGUAAGAGUCGCGGAUCAUCUCUUAGCUGCUGAACCAGAAAAUCCAAGCCAUUAUGUGUUGAUUUCAAAUGUAUACGCAUUGGCUGGCAAGAUGGAUCAAGCGGAAGCGAUUAGAAAUAGGAUGAUUCAGAAAGGCCUUAAGAAGGGUGUUGGAUAUAGCACUAUAGAAGUCAAUCAGAAAACAUAUUUGUUUAGCAUGGGUGAUAAAUCACACCCAGACACAAUCGCUAUCUAUGAGUCCUUGGACGAGUUGAUGAAGAGGAUUAGCGAAGCAGGGUAUGUGCCGGUGCCAGAGUCAGUAAUGCACGAGUUGGAAGAAGAGGAGAAGGAAUAUGAAGUUAGGUAUCACAGCGAGAAGCUCGCAAUUGCAUUCGGGAUGCUAAACACAAGCCAUGGGAUACCUGUUAGAGUCGUGAAGAACCUCCGUAUGUGCGAGGAUUGCCAUUCCGCAAUUAAGUUUAUCUCGGCUGUUACACAGAGAGAAAUUAUUGUUCGGGAUAAACUUCGGUUUCACCAUUUUACAGAUGGGUCUUGUUCUUGUGCGGAUUACUGGUGAUAAAAACGCUUGCCAAGAUUUGUCUAAAUUUAUCCCGCAUGGUUACCAGGUCAUGUCGAGAUUGAUAAGAUGCUUGCAAGCAGACAACUAUUGUCGGUGUUGUGAAUUUUCCUUGUAGCUUUUUCUUCUUUUAGGGUGUCCAGACCAACUUACAUGUACCUCGACUAAUCUUUAAGAUCCAAUUUCGAGGUCCAAUUGGGACUGGCUUGUACGAGUUGAUAGGUUUCAAACCGGAUCUUCCUUGUAGCAUUUAAUUGAUUUUCUUAAUCUCAUCUUCUGGUGAAAGAGCAA